AUGGCACAAACAAAGGAAGCUUACAUUGGCUCUAUUGAUCAAGGCACAAGCAGCACAAGGUUCAUCAUCUAUGACCGUAACACUCGCUGUAUUGGAUCUCACCAGGUUGAGUUCACCCAGUUCUACCCUCAAGCCGGAUGGGUGGAGCAUGAUCCAAUGGAGAUAUUGGAGAGUGUGAAGGUUUGCAUGGCAAAGGCAGUGGACAAGGCUUCAGCAGAUGGGCAUAAUGUAGAUGGUGCUUUGAAGGCUAUUGGUUUGACGAAUCAGCGAGAAACUACUCUUCUUUGGAGCAAAUCCACUGGUCGUCCACUCUAUAAUGCCAUCGUUUGGAUGGAUGUUCGCACCACAUCUGUUUGCAGGAAAUUGGAGAAAGAAUUAUCAGGAGGAAGAACUCAUUUUGUUAAGACAUGUGGCCUGCCGAUAAGCACUUAUUUCAGCGCCAUGAAGUUAAUCUGGUUGAUGGAAAAUGUGGAUGCUGUUAAAGAGGCUAUCAAGAAGGGAGAUGCUCUGUUUGGAACCAUAGAUACUUGGUUGAUCUGGAAUUUAACUGGCGGAGUGAAUGGUGGUUUGCAUGUGACUGAUGUCUCUAAUGCAUCUCGAACUAUGCUCAUGAAUCUUAAGACUCUUGAUUGGGAUAAACCCACAUUAAACACCCUGAAAAUCCCAGCUGGAAUUCUACCAAAAAUUGUCAGUAAUGCUGAGAAUAUUGGAAAAAUCGCAAAAGGAUGGCCAAUUGUUGGCAUCCCAGUUGCCGGAUGUCUUGGUGACCAACAUGCAGCAAUGCUUGGGCAAGCUUGUAAAAAAGGUGAGGCCAAAAGCACUUAUGGAACUGGUGCUUUUAUACUCCGCAACACAGGUCAGGAGGUGGUAUAUUCAAAGCAUGGACUUCUAACCACUUUGGCAUUUAAGCUUGGCCCAAAAGCGCCAGCAAACUAUGCACUAGAAGGUUCAAUUGCUAUUGCUGGGGCUUCAGUUCAAUGGCUCAGAGACAGUCUUGGAAUAAUUAAAUCUGCAAGUGAAAUUGAGGAUCUGGCAAAACAGGUUGACUCGACUGGUGGGGUUUAUUUUGUUCCUGCCUUUAAUGGAUUAUUUGCUCCAUGGUGGCGUGAUGAUGCUCGUGGGGUUUGUAUUGGGAUCACAAGGUUUACAAAUAAGGCUCACAUUGCUCGAGCUGUGCUUGAGAGCAUGUGUUUUCAAGUGAAGGAUGUGUUAGAUUCAAUGCACAAAGAUGAUACGGGUUCUGAGAAGGGAGACUUCUUGCUUAGAGUGGAUGGCGGUGCUACUGUUAACAACCUUUUAAUACAGAUUCAGGCUGACUUACUGGGAAGCCCAGUGGUGAGGCCAGCUGAUAUAGAGACAACAGCCCUUGGAGCAGCCUAUGCUGCUGGUUUAGCUGUUGGGGUUUGGAAAGAAGAAGAGAUUUUUGCUUCUGGAGAAAAGUCUAAGACCGACACCACUUUCCUUCCCAAGUUAGAUGGGGAACUGAGGAAGAAGAAGGUGGAGUCUUGGUUCAAAGCAGUUGAAAGGACUUUUGACUUGGCUGAUCUUUCCAUUUGA